GUGCUCCUGCAGCCCCGCCCCUCGGCUCCGUGCGCAAGGUCGUGUCCCGGAAGUGAAGGGGCCAUGUUGCUGGGUGACCCCGGGAGAGAUACCCGGCGAGAGGCGAAUCCUGAGGAGCCGUAGUGCGCGCGGUCUGCGGCUUGACGCCCACCCCCUGCCAGUCCCCCAUGGCCCCAUGGAGCCGAGAGGCGGUGCUGAGCCUCUACCGGGCUCUGCUGCGCCAGGGCCGAGAGCUUCGCUACACUGAUCGAGACUUCUACCUUGCCUCCAUCCGCCGUGAGUUCAGGAAAAAUCAGAAGCUAGAGGAUCCUGAGGCCCGGGAGAGGCAGCUGGAAAAAGGCCUGGUCUUCCUCCACAGCAAACUGGGGGGGCUUAUUUAGGAUCCUCUCCUUUCCCCUCCCAUCCUAAUUCCAGGGGAAAGAGGACAAAGGUGCCUUCUGUAGACACUCCUGCUCUCUCCCAGCCCCACCUCACAGAUGCAGUAAGAAGCCUCAGGUGAGCAAUGGCAGGCGCUGGUGAGCGCAAAGGCAAGAAGGAUGACAAUGGCAUCGGCACGGCCAUUGAUUUCGUGCUCUCCAACGCCCGGCUGGUGCUGGGGGUGGGGGGAGCGGCCAUGCUGGGCAUCGCCACGCUGGCUGUUAAGCGGAUGUAUGACAGGGCAAUCAGUGCCCCGACCAGCCCUACCCGCCUGAGCUGUGCAGGGAAGAGGAGCUGGGAAGAGCCAAACUGGAUGGGCUCCCCCCGGGUGCUGAGCAAGGACAUGAGGACAGGCCUGAGCCGGUCCCUGCAGACCCUUCCCACAGACUCCUCGGCCUUGGACGCAGAUACAUUCUGCCCACCCCGACCCAAGCCAUUGGCCAGGAAGGGCCAGGUAGACUUGAAGAAGUCACGACUCCGCAUGUCCCUGCAGGAGAAACUUCUUACUUACUACCGGAACCGGGCAGCCAUCCCUGCUGGCGAGCAGGCUCGGGCCAAGCAAGCUGCUGUGGACAUAUGUGCCGAACUCCGGAGCUUCCUGCGGGCCAAGUUGCCUGACAUGCCACUUCGGGACAUGUACCUGAGUGGCAGCCUCUACGAUGACCUGCAGGUGGUGACAGCUGACCACAUCCAGCUCAUCGUCCCCCUAGUGCUGGAGCAGAACCUGUGGUCGUGUAUCCCUGGCGAGGACACCAUCAUGAAUGUCCCUGGCUUCUUCCUGCUUCGUCGUGAGAACCCGGAGUACUUUCCUCGUGGCAGCAGUUACUGGGACCGUUGUGUAGUGGGGGGCUACCUCUCCCCAAAGACAGUGGCAGACACGUUUGAGAAGGUAGUGGCUGGCUCCAUCAACUGGCCGGCCAUAGGGUCCCUCUUGGACUAUGUGAUCCGACCAGCACCACCCCCAGAGGCCCUGACGCUGGAAGUGCAGUAUGAGCGUGACAAGCAUCUCGUCAUUGACUUCCUGCCAUCAGUGACCCUUGGUGACACUGUCUUGGUGGCCAGACCACACCGGCUAGCCCAGUAUGACAACCUGUGGCGGCUGAGCCUGCGUCCUGCUGAGACAGCACGCUUGCGGGCUUUGGACCAGGCCGACUCAGGCUGCCGAUCUCUGUGCCUCAAGAUCCUGAAGGCCAUAUGCAAGUCCACUCCAGCGCUGGGCCACCUCACUGCCAGCCAGCUCACCAACGUCAUCCUCCACUUGGCUCAGGAGGAGGCUGACUGGUCUCCAGAUAUGCUGGCCGACCGAUUCCUGCAGGCUUUGAGGGGACUCAUCAGCUACUUAGAGGCCGGAGUCCUGCCCAGCGUCUUGAACCCCAAGGUGAACUUAUUUGCAGAGCUCACCCCUGAAGAAAUAGACGAAUUGGGAUACACUCUCUAUUGCUCAUUGUCUGAGCCGGAGGUGCUGCUGCAGACGUAGGGCAGGUGAAGGCCAGAGUGGGUGUCAGGUGGUCGGGCCCUGGAUUCUCCGUUAGAAACACUUGGCUACAUAGUUGGUGCCUCACAGGGUCCCUAGGUGCCUCCUGUCUCGCUGGUCAUCGCCCCGGGCACUUCAUGCUGAUUAGAAUGAUGUCUCUUGUCUCCUGUUUUCUCACCCAGCCCUUUCUAUUUUUGUUACCAAACACUGUGCUUCCUACUCCUCCCCUCCUCCCCCUUGUUCCAG